AUGCUUGAGUGUAAACAAGAUAACCCAAAUGAAUUCCAUGUUUAUGUCAAGGGAACAGUUCUGAAAUUUGCAAUAUUUGAAUUUGCUCUCAUUAGUGGUCUGAAUUGCACCUCAAACAUUGAGGCCUUUCAGAAUCCGACUUUAGAUGACUUUGUUUUAAUGACAAAGUAUUUCCCAGAGGCAAAAAUAGAAUAUCCCAAAAACAAAUUUGCUGAAUGGUAUAAGAUGAAAUUUUUGGACAAUGACCAGGAUGCAUUGUGGAUGACCAUAUUGUUUUUCACUCAUAUGUUUUUGUUAUCUGAAACUGAUGAUGCAACUUUUAGUUUUAUAGAAUUCAGUAUGAUAAAGAACAUUGCUUGUCGUAUUAGUAAUCGUAUCCUAAGGAUAUGUAAUCGAUUUGUUGUUGGAACAAAGCCUAAAUUCGAGAAGUUCAUGAAUGGAAUGUUUAGCAAGUAUGUGUAUACCAACAUAAGUCCUACAGUUGAUGAGCUGAAAUGUCUUCAAUUGCCAAAUCAUGAUGGAAUGGAUUUGAAAGAUUCUGUUAAUUCAACUUUGCCAUCCACAUCUUAUAGACAACCAACAAAAGUUGAUCAAAAAGUUAAAAUGACAGUUGGUUUAUUACCUUUGGAUGAUUUUACAACCCCACCACCUCUCGAACUUUUAACUAAGUCAAAGGCCAAGUCUGAUAGGUCAUUGGCAUCGCCUUCAAAAAGAAGAAAGACAGACGCAGAGCGAAAAAAAUCGGUGACAGGUCAAGAAAAUAUUAAAGCUCACCCCUCUAUUGAAGAAGUCAAUGAAUCACCUUCUGACACAUCAAACUCAAUUGUUGAUCCAAUCAAUGAAGAAGCUCCACAUGAACCAUCUCUAAUGAACUUCAGCGAACAGACACCACCAGCAGAACAAACCCCACCAGUUGUCGAAAGUGUGUAUGAGUCCAUACAAAAAAUUAAUAUAUCUGGAGGAACAUAUCAUGAGCAAGUUUUGAUGAAAGUUGACAAAAGAUUUGAUGAUACUGAAGCAUUAAUGAAAAAAUAUCAUGAAGAAAUGAUGUUAGCUGUGAAGGAAAAGCAUGAUGCUCCACAAAAAGUUGUUAUUGACAUCGAUAGUUCAAACAAAGAUUUGAAAAAAAAAAUGAGACACAUGGUGAUGAUUUGGGAACUCCGAAAGAACAACCAAAGGAUAUACCAGAAAAGAUCACAUGCGGAUGAAAAAUCAUCAACUGAGUCUUCUCUGAAAUUUAAUUUUGAUGAUCCAGCUAUUCUGAGAGAGACUAUUGAAGUUCAAAAUGUACAGAAGAAAAGUGGAACUGAGGUUAAGAAUGCUUCAUUUCAGCAUUUCAUCUAUAACACCAUAGCUGAGAUUUCCUCGCUAGUUAGUACAAUACAAGCUGAUGAGCUUUUACAGAAAGAAAAUCUCCCUGAUCUCAUUUUACCAACAGACAAUAUUGAAGUUCGAAAUGAACCACAGGUGUCCAGCACUGAGAUAUCGUCUGAUGCGUUUCAGGAAUCGAUAUAUAAUAUCAUAGCUGGUGAAUCGAUAGAUAACAUUAUAGCUGAAAUUUCCACACCAGUCGUUGCCAUGGAAAUGAAGUCUGUUAGUCCUAAUGAAACCAACAACAAUGAAUGUAAAAUCCAUGAUAGUCAAUUUCCAUCAGUUCUUCCUGAAGCAAACUUGGGUAAACAAGAUGUCAUUAAAACACGUGCACCAAGAAACAGGAAGCGAACUAAAAUAUUCAGGUCAUCAUUUACAACUGAAUUUUCUUCAAGUUGUAAAGGCAAACAAUCUGCAACAAUUAAUUUUCCUCAAAAGCAUCCAUUUGAUGGUUAUCUUAUUUCCUAUGAUAUGCCGGCCGGACUAAUCGAAGAGUACUGUGAUUGA